AUGUCGUUUCUGCUGGCCAUUGUGCGGAUCACCGGGUUCGUCCUGUUCUUCCUCGCCCUGCUGCGUGUGAAGAAGACGCGGCUCCGGCACCUGCCCUCCCGCCGCACACGCGUCUCUCGCCACCACGGCGAAACCUGCGUCUGGAUGGAGCGCCUCGCCAACGCCGUCCUCGACCUCUUUUACGCGGCGCUGCGGGAGGAGGGAAAGGCGGCGGGUGCGACGGAGCAGCAGGGUCGGCAGCCGGCCGCGGCAAACGCCCUGUUUCGGGGUGAGGCGAGUGGCGCCUACAGCGGGGACGGCAGUGGCGUUAAGGGGGCGCCGCGGCGGCUGCUGGAGACCCUUGAGGAGCGGCUGGAGGCCAUGCUAGAGGACCGCGGCAUCGCGGCAAAUGCGGCGUGCAGGGUCCACUCCAUCGGCCACCGGCCGCCCAGCGUGCGUGCCAUUCGCGUGACAAACCUCACUGAGAUGGAAUACAACACGAGCAUCCCCGCCGCUGCCGCUGCCGCCGCCGGGGUUGCCUCUGCGGCCGCAAGCAACCCUCCUCUGGCCGCCGCAAUUUCCGGGAAGGCUGGCGCCACCGGGGCUGCGAACACCGCAGGUGCUGCCGCCGGAGGCGUCAGUAGUCAGGCGCCGCAAAAAGGGAAGCGCCGUCCCUCGCUGCUGGGGACGCACGCUUCAGGAGCUGAGGAGAAGGGGGAAAUAUGGGGUGCUGACUCCUACGAGGAGACGCUGAAUGGGAGCAUCGCCGGGUUUCCGGCGUCUGUGGUGGAGCUCGAGGCGGAAGUAGAAUACGCCGGCGGCGCCGACGUCUCGUUGCAGGCGGAUAUUUGCUUGGCGCGUGGCAGACUUCUUCCGGUUUCUAUUAGGGUGAACGAAGUAAAGUUCAUCAAGGCCCACGUUCGCGUCUGUGCAAAACUGCAGUAUGAAAGGGCCACCAUGGAUAGUCGGCGGAAGCCGUAUCUUCAGUGCACGCUCUGGCUGGAGUCGGAGCCGGCUUUCUCGCUCAAAAUGUCAACCCUCUUCACCCGCUACCGCAUCCAGAACUUCUUUGCUGUGCCUUUGAUAGUCAAGUUCCUCUUGCUGCGCUUCGUGCGGCAUCGCAUGAUGCGUCCGAACGGGGCCGGCGUGACGGUUAACGUCCCGCUGCCGGAGAACAUUGUGGACGGCGGAACGCAGAUGUGGUGCGCCCCCGUCAAUGAUGCCGCAACAGCCGUGAGCUCCGCGAAUGGCCGAGGUCCUUCACGUGGCGUUGCGUAA